AUGGCGGGUAAAAUAUACUUGCGAGCUAUGGGAUACCACCUGCACAAAAUUUGUUGGAGGGGUUAUGAUAGUGAAAGAAAAACUGGGUUGAGGCAGCCUGGACACUCUGCUGCCCUAGCUGACGCGGCCCCUGCUCCUCCUCCUCCUCCUCCUGCUCCUCUGGUUAACGUGAGAGCGGCGCGCUGUCCAGACGCCGCUAUUGAGUGGAGGGCCCUCGAGACGGCGCCUACGGCCGUGGGAAUGCGGCCUGGCGCCACACACAGCAAGGGACGUGUCCGGUCCGGUCCAGCCGCGGGACCCUGCCCUGUGCUGCGCCGAGCCGCGCUGGCGGGCGCACGUCCGGCCCCUACCGGCAGCCUCCUCCUACCCAGCGGUCCGAGGGGCAGAGAAGACGUGCCGCGUCCAACCCCGCGCGCCGCCACAGACCGGCCAGAGGCGUCGCUUUUUCUCCCCCCGGACGUGACGUCGUCUCCUGGCGGCGCCGGGCCGGGCGCUGUAACUGCCGCCUUCACGCACAGAUGUCGCCACGGUCGGCUGCGCCCGCCGCCGCCACCGCCCCCGCCGCCGUCCAACCGGAGUCCGGCGUCGGUGCGCUACAAAUAA